UCAGAGGCCGGACGGCACUGCCGGGAGGCGGCGGCGACGAAGCGACGGCGCCGCUGACGGGCACCGCGGCGGGGUGAGGCACCGUGACCCAGUUGAUCUCCGUUCCCAGAAAGCCCAGAGUUGAAGAUGAAAGAUCAGUGAAGUCUGUUCGCCUGGAAACGGGGAGACCUUUGGAGCUUUGCUUUCACCCACAGUAACCUCAUAAAGUGUCAUUGAGUGGAAUUGAUUGCUUCAGCCUCUCCUGUUUAUUGGGAAGACUAUGGCUUCAGGGAUUCUACAUCCCCAUUUAGUUUUGCAUGAACUCCAUAGGAAACGAAGCCAUUAAAGGGCUUGGGAAGAACAAGAAGAGAUUGCAGACAGACCAGCCGACUCUUUCUCCUUUCCCUUCUCCUUCAAGGAACAGGAUUCAAAGAACACCUUGUCACAGCUGUUGCCCAGCUUUAGCCAUCAAGCGAGACAGAGAGAGAGAGAGCGCGAAGGGAAACACAAUUAGCCCACCACUGCUAGGCUUCUCCCUGAGGAAGUCGAGGUGUGGGAGAGGUGGCAUCGAGGAGACGCCCCCAAAGGGACAAGGACUGGAGUGAAACAGCUUCUGGUUAAAGCUGGAAGGGGCCACUGGUUCCUCCUUGGAUUAAAAUAGAAACACAGGGCACACCUCCUGAAGGUGCCGCUCACAUUCUGUGGACGUGUGGUCGUUGGGAAGGUGCUAGAGCAUCUCCUCGGCAUAAUUUUUCCUUGCCUGCAGUCACCUGCUCUCCCCUCCCUUUCCUUUUGAAGACUUGCCGCCAUCCAUGAGCUGUUCCUUGGCCUGUCUAGCGGCCCAUAUUCUACGCCUACAGCCAUUUGCAUGUGUGCAGCAUAUUUUAAACUGUACAACUUGUGUUACUUACUCUCCCCUGUGCCUUGUUCUGGGGAGGUUGUUUUUCAUCAUCUGGAAUCACCUUUCCCCCUCCCAUAUGCAUUCUUACAUCUGAGAUCUUUUGACCUUUGCUUUUACUUGGGAGGGGGAAGGGUGAUCAUUUAAAUCUUACAUCCCUGGUUUCCCUCUGCCCUCUUCCCUGUUGUUACCCUCAUCCCAUUUUCUUGGCUGUUCCUCCGCUGUGUGGGCCUGGGCUAUGCGGCAGGGCAGGUCUCCCAACAGAGCUCCACCAUGCCCGCAGAGUCUGGAAAGAGAUUCAAACCCAGCAAGUAUGUCCCGGUCUCAGCAGCCGCCAUCUUCUUAGUGGGAGCCACAACACUCUUCUUUGCCUUUACGUGUCCGGGACUCAGCGUGUAUGUGUCACCUGCAGUGCCCAUCUACAAUGCGAUUGUUUUUCUCUUUGUGCUGGCCAACUUCAGCAUGGCCACCUUCAUGGACCCAGGCAUUUUUCCUCGAGCUGAGGAGGAUGAGGACAAAGAAGACGACUUCAGAGCUCCCCUUUACAAAACCGUGGAGAUCAAGGGCAUCCAGGUGCGCAUGAAAUGGUGUGCCACCUGCCGUUUUUACCGGCCUCCUCGAUGUUCCCACUGCAGCGUCUGUGACAAUUGUGUGGAGGAAUUUGAUCACCACUGCCCCUGGGUGAACAACUGCAUCGGUCGCCGGAACUACCGUUACUUCUUCCUCUUCCUCCUUUCCCUGACAGCCCACAUUAUGGGUGUGUUUGGCUUUGGCCUCCUUUAUGUCCUCUACCAUAUGGAGGAACUCUCAGGGGUCCGCAUGGCUGUCACAAUGGCAGUGAUGUGUGUGGCUGGCUUAUUCUUCAUCCCUGUCGCUGGCCUCACGGGAUUUCACGUGGUGCUGGUGGCUAGGGGACGCACAACCAAUGAACAGGUUACGGGUAAAUUCCGAGGAGGUGUGAACCCCUUCACAAAUGGCUGCUGUAACAAUGUCAGCCGUGUCCUCUGCAGUUCCCCAGCACCCAGGUAUUUGGGGAGACCAAAGAAAGAGAAGACAAUUGUCAUCCGGCCUCCUUUCCUUCGACCCGAAGUGUCAGAUGGGCAGAUAACUGUGAAGAUCAUGGACAAUGGCAUCCAGGGAGAACUAAGGAGAACUAAGUCGAAGGGAAGCCUGGAGAUCACGGAGAGCCAGUCCGCUGAUGCUGAGCCUCCACCGCCCCCUAAGCCGGACCUGAGCCGCUACACGGGGCUGCGAACACACCUCAGCCUGGCUGCUACUGAAGAUAGCAGCCUUUUAAGCAAGGACAGCCCCCCGACACCUACCAUGUACAAGUAUCGACCAGGCUAUAGUAGCAGCAGCACAUCCGCCGCCAUGCCUCAUUCUUCCAGCGCCAAGUUGAGUCGUGGGGACAGCUUGAAGGAGCCAACCUCAAUUGCAGAGAGCAGCCGCCAUCCCAGCUACCGUUCAGAGCCCAGCUUGGAGCCAGAGAGCUUCCGCUCACCCACUUUUGGCAAAAGCUUUCACUUCGAUCCACUCUCGAGUGGUUCACGCUCCUCCAGCCUCAAGUCAGCCCAAGGCACUGGAUUUGAGCUGGGCCAGUUGCAAUCCAUCCGCUCGGAGGGGACAACCUCCACCUCUUACAAGAGCCUGGCCAACCAGACCCGCAAUGGGAGCCUGUCCUACGACAGCCUGCUCACACCCUCAGACAGCCCUGACUUUGAGUCAGUGCAGGCAGGGCCUGAGCCGGAGCCACCCUUAGGCUACACCUCUCCCUUCUUGUCAGCCCGGCUGGCCCAGCAGCGGGAAGCCGACAGGCACCCACGGUUGGUGCCAACUGGCCCAUCACACCGAGAGCCCUCACCUGUCCGGUACGACAAUCUGUCACGCCACAUUGUGGCCUCCCUCCAGGAACGAGAGAAGCUGUUGCGCCAGUCACCGCCACUCCAAGGCCGUGAGGAAGAACCAGGCGUGGGGGACUCCGGCAUUCAGUCAACACCAGGCUCAGGCCAUGCCCCUCGUACUAGUUCCUCUUCAGAGGAUUCGAAGCGAUCACCUUUGGGCAAGACUCCACUGGGCCGCCCAACUGCCCCCCGUUUCGGCAAGCCAGAUGGGCUAAGGGCCCGGGGACUGGGUUCCCCUGAACCAGGCCCACAUGCCCCAUACCUGGGCCGAUCUAUAUCUUACAGCAGCCAAAAAGUCCCACCUGGUGUCCCUGAGACGGAAGAAGUGGCCUUGCAGCCGUUACUGACACCCAAAGAUGAAGUACAGCUCAAGACCGCCUAUAGCAAAUCCAAUGGGCAGCCCAAGAGUAUAGGCUCAGCUUCCCCUGGUCCAGGCCAGCCACCUCUCAGUAGCCCCACACGAGGAGGAGUCAAGAAAGUGUCAGGCGUGGGAGGCACCACCUAUGAGAUUUCAGUGUGAGCCCUCUGGCCCUCCCAGUGCCUCUGCGCCUGCCAUCAGAGGGCUCCAGGUGGCCACCUUCCUUCCCUUAAGGGCUCCCCUCCCCUGCAUGGACAUUUCUAAACUACCGAUCCCAAGAGGAUGAAGAGCUUUUACAAAAUGCAGUGGGGCUGGGGAAGUCUUGAGACUGGGGCAGCAGCCCCUUUCACCUUUUAAGGCCUGUCCUUCUUUAACCCCUGGACCAGACUCAGUGGACAUUUGUGCAAUUGCUCGCCCUGGAGGGAACCAGAUCAUUUUUAAAUCAGAAAUAAUUUUUUUUAUUAUUGUUACGGAUUCUAUUUUUUCCUCUUCUGCGUUACCAGGUGUGUGUGUACAUAUAUAUAUACAUAUAUAUAUUAUAAAUAUCAAAGAAAUUCUAUAUCUAUCCUGGGAUGGGAAAAUGAGGGAGGGAUAUGCAUAAAGAGGGGUCUAUUCCCACUUUUCAGACCAGCAGGAAAGGAGGGGAGACAUGUCUUCCUUUUCCUCCCACAAUUCCCUCUUAACUAAAGAAAUGGCACCCCCUGCUGUUGGUGCUAAGUGAUCAGGAAUGAAGCCCAUGAGGUGAGCCUGCCUGGGGACUUGGGAGAAGAAAGGUAGUUUUCUAGGCUCAUUGGCACUUAGUUUCUCCAGGUAAAAGGGUCACAGCCCAUGAUGAUGGUGGGGGAAGAUCAUGAAGAGGUUGACCUAGCUCAAGAAACAAUCCUGAAUUAUUCCCCCUUCUCGGGAGGAAAAGGUUUAGGGUGGAUUUCUAACUAGCCCCUCAAAGCCCCCCCCCCCCCAACUCAGUUAUAUUCUUUUAAAAUCCAGUUUGGGAAAGAAUCCAAAAAGCAAUAUUUUUCAUCACAUGCCAAAAACGGGAUAGAGAGGAGUGGCAGGCCUAGGCCCCUCCGAUUGUCGUCUUUGGGGGUGACCCUUCGCCCACCUUAGUAUGGUGCUGGAUAGAGGGGAUACCUGGGUUCUAACCUCAACAAGGGGAGACCCCAGCCUCUAGACAGAGGCCCUUUUAUUUUUUAUUCUGACUAGCCAUUUUAAACCAACAAGGAAUAAAAAGAAAUCCUGAUCUAACCA